CCAAAAGCAGUGGGCCUUGAACUUUAGCGCUAUGUUCGGUCAUUCGCGUUGCAUUCGUGGAUUGUGACAAUUGUUUAUUUGUCAUAAGAAGCCAAACUGUAGGUUCUAACCCUCACUCCUUAUUUUUAGUCCCAUUCCUAAUUCCUCACAUUCAUCCAUAGCCCCCUUUUGACUCUAGGUAGUUGGUGGCUUUCCCAAGGUCGAUCCAGCGUCGCUCAGAGAUUGAACAUCAAAAUGCCUUCCCUUUUUCAGCAUCCUUCCUAAGCAAUCAAAAGAGGAGAUAAAGGCGAGAAAGUUGUCGCUUUCUCACCAAAAUGCACGCUAAAUUGUCUAUUUUUCCCUGCCUUAAGUAGCCUAACUCAGAAGUCGACAUUUCACAAUUAUUUCCUCCAAGUUCUCCUUCAUUAAUGAAGGAGAACCAAUUGGUUGCUUAGGUCACACUUCGUGUUCUGCAUGCUUACACUGUAAUUAAACCACCUCUGGCCUAGAAAGCGAAUCACCAUGCUACACAUUUAUAGAUGGAUCCAUGAAGACAACUAGUAUGAAACCUGCGUUUCAGGAGCCCAAUACUUCACGUACUGUUACUUCGAGACGCUUUAAUAGGUCUGAUACAAUGAAGUAGCAUAUGCGGAGUACCAAUUCAAUCUCGGGAUCUUGCGUCCUACUCGAGGUCACGGACUGAGUAACAUGGGACAAAUUUCUGUCUUCUUUAAAACUUGGUGUUAUUUUGGGUAGUAAAUUUAAAAUAAGAGUAGAGUAUAUCACUGGGUAAUACGAAAUAGUACUUUCUAGUGUCUUACAUAACCACCUAUAUACUAAUAUCUUCGUGACCACUGACAGCUCGAAAAGGUUAUUGAAUGCUGAGAGGGACGCCGUUCAACCUCUUGUUCAGGGAAAUAUUGAUGUUCUGAGAGUCAUGGAUUUAGCGUUGGAAGAACUUGAAAAAGUUAUACUAUACAGUGACACUAGAAAUGCAAGGACAAAACUACCAACGAAUCGAGAUUUUAAAUGAUCUUACGCGUUGUGUAAGGGAUGUUGGGAAGUUGGAAGUGCUUCGGAGAAAUCUUAGCAAUAUAUCGGAGGUUGUUUAUUCCAAACUUAACAGACGACUUACGAUGUUUAAGAAUGAAUAAUAUUUACUCCUACAUGAUUCCACAAUCCAACAGUAUUUAGUUAAUAACUAUCCAUGCACAUAUGGCAGACUGUCUGCAACUCGGCUGUAAGAAUAAUUAAGUGGGAAUCCAACCACGCGAUUCCCAACUGAUGCUUUCCUGUAGUCCUGUGACUUCGUGGAACUGGUCUAUCUGGUAUGUUUGGUUUAAAGUCAAAUGCAAACAAACCUAUUGUGCUUCGCUUUCGAUUCAUUGAGUAAAACCAUUACUUGGUAGGCCAUUUAUCACUCCCUCGACAUUUCCCGUUUUGUUUCCAAACAGAAUUGAAAAUGAGAUAAAUCUGUAACACAAUUCGGCAGGGGUGUGGGUGGAGCGCAACUCUUCAAUGAACUUAUAACCCCUAUUGAUAGGAAAAGUCAGCUUACUCCUAGAUAUUAUCAGCAAUUGUUCUUCUUUCUGGUCUAUGGCACUCGAGCUAUAGUGCGAUGGGAUAUGUAGUGAAGGAACCGGCUUCUUCCCAGUCUGAAAACACUUUGAAAGAAAAUGUUGUAGAAGCCAUAACUCAUAAGCGACAUUUGGGUGGUACUAGAUUAAUCUUGAGACGCAUCAACCAAUUAUUAGACUCGAAAUAAAAUUGUAAAUGAAUGUGAAACAUUAGGGUUUUCAUCACGAAUCGACAUCGUAACGCUACUCAGCCAUAGGGGCAAGUAGAUUCUGCGCAGAAUUCCCGCAAAUGUUGUUUGAAGUGUGAUUGUUUCGCCCCCAGAUUAUAGUCUUGCCGGCUCAACGCGCUUAUUUCAUUAAUGAACCUUCCAUAUGUGUAGAGCGUUGCACAUUUAUAAACCAUUCACUUGAUGCCACAGACACGUCUGCUGGCGACUGGGUUAUUAAUUGUCAGUUCUAUGGAUUUGGGCGUUCGGGCAAUAUCACAGCCCUCACACAAAUCGAAUGACGAAGCGUGGUAUAUAAUGUUCACUGCCUUCUUGUACCAAUAUUUAUGUAUUCAAAUAAAGUAGAAAUAAAUUUAGUCACUGGGUUUGUACGCUAACACGUUUUACACAAUAAGAACAAGGAUUACUUGCUUUCUGUACACUACGGAACGGUGGAAUUUCUUCUUGUUACUAGUUGCUUUACGUAACUACAUCUUGACUCAAGUAAAAACGGUCACUCAUUUGGCUUUCUCGGUAUUACUAAUGAUGAGGACUCCCUUUGUUGUGCAGUCAUUUUAUCGUAUGAAAAUAAUAGUCACUGAGGAAACUUCCAAAUAUUGGUAGUUGAUUUCAUGCUAGACUAUUAUUGCUAACUUUUGUUUCUUUUAACAGGACUAUAUACAUGUAAUACUUCACAGAUGUGUGCUCUAUGUUACCUCACGAGAGUAGAAUCAUUCUCCGCCUGUCAUCGUCUUCAUUCACAACAUCUUAGUAAUGAAGAAAAUGUUAAAUUGUUUCAAAAAUGUAAUAAUCCUAUGGGGCAUGGUCAUAAUUACAAACUAGAAGUCACCGUUUUAGGACCUAUCGAUCAAAGAACCGGUAUGGUUAUGAACAUAAGUGACUUGAAAUCAGUUAUUCAAAAACAUGUACUUGACCUAUUAGAUCAUAAAAAUAUCGAUGAAGAUGUUGAAUAUUUUAAAAGGAGUAAUAUUGUAUCAACUACGGAAAAUCUAGCAGUUUUCAUAUGGUCACAAUUAGUCAAUGCUGUCCCAAAUAAUAUACUUUAUGAAGUUAAAAUAUGGGAAACUGAAAAGAAUAUUGUAACUUAUAGAGGUGAAAAAAUAAUCCACAAAUAAACUACACCUCUAAAAAAUUAUUACAUCACUAAAUAAUUUAUCGCCAAAUAAAACCCUUGAGUUUAUUUUGCUAA